AUUAUCGGCCUAAUUCCACGCUGCGAGUCGAGAAAACAAGCCUGGGUUUUCAGUUCUGGCAUCAAGUCUCGGAUUUACGUCAAAAGCAAACAUUCAGUGGUCAGUUAAUUAACCUAAUCAAAUUAUCAACAGUUAAACGAUGGGGGCGGAGGGAGGCACCAAACCACCUGCUGUCAUCAUUGAGACAGUCCUUGUCGUCAGGCCAAUCAAGGUGAUUGGUCUGCUGUGUGGCGUCAUUGCUGUCCUGCUGUUGAUGCUGUCCGUGGCAGCGACAGCCUGGCUACAGGCGGACAACACGCGCGAAGGAUUGUGGGAGAGAUGCUCGUACAACAGGACCAACCCAAACUCCUUGAACUGUGAAAUGGGACUUCCGCGUGAGUGGAUCUCAGUCUGUCAAGCGUUGUGCCUCAUCUCUCUGAUCGUCUGCAUCGGCGCCAUUGUGGUCACCUCCAUCGGUUUGAGAACCUCCAACUUCACCAUCAAAUACAAACUAUACUUUACUGGUUUGGUGAUUUUCUUCAUUGCAGUGGCAUUUGAGCUGACAUCACUAGUAAUUUUUCCCAUUAAAUUUUUGGAUGAAAUCACCAACAGAGAUGAAAUACACUGGAGUUUUGGCUGGGCCUACAUCGUGGGCUGGGCCGGUGCGGUCAGUGAAUUUGCCGCAGGUCUCUUCCUCCUGUUGGACAGAGGCGCGGAGGAAGUUCUCUACAGGGAGAGGGUGAUCCAAGAGGAGAACAAGAACGGGGUGGAGGCGGCGGAAAAAAACAGCAUAGAGGAUGCGGUGUGAUGUCUUCGUCAGCACUUCAUUUUCAAGAUGGCAUGACAUUAAUUUUCGUCCAUUUUUUUCUAAAUUUCAAACAGCUAAGAGUUACAUAUAUUUAUAUAUUUGUAUGUAUGGUUAGAUUAAAAAACAGAAAAAAAAAUGAAAACUGAUGAGUGAAAUGUACAUAUUUGC